GCAUGCUAAUCUAGAUCGGCAUUGCCGUGCACCGGCAAUGCCAAUACCUGGCUCGCCCUCUGACUGUAGAUUCUGUGCCAUGUCCUCCCUUCCCCCAUUCCCAUCUUCUCCCCUCCCUAUCCUCACCCACUCCUCCUCAUCUAUCAUCCCAAAACCAUGAAGCCCCCUUACCCAGCUCUCGUUUCAGAAUGGCACAACGCGCCUUACCCAGCCAUAGAGCCCACCUCACCCGCCCUCUCCCACGCCGGGCAAACAGUCGUCGUCACCGGCGCCGGCUCAGGGAUCGGGCAGGCUGCGUGCUUGGCAUACGCGGCAUCGGGAGCCUCGCGCCUCAUCCUGCUCGGGCGUCGACAAGCUAAGCUCGACGAAACGCAGGCGCUGAUCGAGGCGCAGUCGCCGGGCUCUUGCGCGGUGCACCCGUUCGCUGCUGAUACCAUGCACGCUGCUGCGAUCAAGGGCGUCGCGGAGGCGGUUGGCGGCUGGGAUGUGCUUGUGCUGAGCGCCGGCGCAAUCAUGUCUCCUGCCAGCGUCGCCGAUGCGGAGCCUGACGCAUGGUGGAAUGUCAUCGAGACCAACAUGCGCGGCUUCUUCAACACCCUGCACGCCUUCCUGCCUACGCGCAAACCCGGCGCGCGCAUCGUCGGCGUCUCCGCAGCCAUCGUGAACCUGCCUGCCGUCUAUCCGCCGUGCCAGGGAGCCAGCGCGUACGUCACGAGCAAGCUGGCGCAGAUCCGGCUGCUCGAGCACGUCGCGGCCGAGCACCCCGAUGUGUUUGUCGUCGCCGUGCAUCCGGGCAUUGUGGCUACGGAUAUGAUGCGUAAGUCGGGGAUGACGGAGGGGAAUGCAGAAGCCACGCUGCUUGACGAUGUCAACCUGUCUGCCCACUUCUUCGUGUGGGCCACCACCAAGCAGGCCGCAUUUCUGCGCGGCAAAUUCUGCUACGCCAACUGGGACGUGGAGCAAUUGCAGGCACGGGCAAAAGAGAUUCAAGAGACGUCCAUCUUGACGCCGAACAUCCUGGGGUGGCCGUUUCAGGCCGAGGCGUAGCCGUACUCCAGAAGACACGCUGUUAUAUCGUGACUGCUGCUGUCCGUCGUUCAGCGUGCAAGUUGGCUUUGGGUAACGUCGGCGAUGAAGCAGAAGGUGGAAUGAGUGCUAGGAUGGGAGGGCGAGGUCGGCUUUGGAACGCCUGGUGCACCACGAAUCAAUACCUUUGCGUUCCGCAUGUCAUUGCUCCGUCUGUCAUGGCUAAGCACUUUGAUCGGACGUUGUUUUACACUUCUAAGAAGCACGUCCCGCACUACAAUAGCUAGGGCUGCCCGAGCCCAUUAGCGAGUCCAGUAUGCAAGCCGCCGCGCUGACCAAGCCCAGCUCAAGGCUGAGAAAUGAGUUGCGCGCUGCAUGCAAUUGGUCGACGUCGCCCCGUGGUCUGUCGAUCGAACCUCCAUCUGGGUAAGGUAAGAGUCGACCGCAACAACACCCAAAAUGGGCGAGGUGGACGCUAGGCGCG